AUGAUUGCUGCUCGUCGCACAUCCGCCACAGUGCAGGCCGCUCGCCGUGCCAUGCACACCAGCGCCUCCGUCUCCAACACCAACGGCUUCUUUGUGCGUCCGGUCAACGCGCCCACCUCGUCCAACUCGCCGUCGGCACCGCAGCCCAAGCCCGUUCGUCCCGUGGCACAGCCGCACACGCCCGAGCACAUCCCGGCGGAGCAGUCGCCCAACUUCCCCACAACCUGGUCCGAGUCGCAGAACCCAAGGCAAAACGCCAUGAAGGGACCGCGCUUCGAACAGCUCGACAUGCGCUUCCAGCCACAGCCGCUCGCCGCCAUCGAGAUGAUCCAGCGCGAACCCAUUCGCCUCUCCAGCAAGCGCAUCGCCGCAUGCGACGGCGGAGGUGGCCCCCUCGGGCAUCCGCUUGUCUACAUCAACCUCGACAAGCCCGGUCCCAAGCCCUGUCCCUACUGUGGCAUCCGCUUCGAACUCGACCACGCAGCUCACCACUAA